AUGACGUACGUGUUGCGCCGUCUGCCGAGCGAACAAGGUGGACAGGGGUCUGGGGUUGGUGUGCAGCUGCGAUCUGGCUGGGUCUCGAACCAGCAACGUUUUGUUGACGCAGAAGGAGAAAAAAAACAGGACGGGACAGGACAGGGUUGGCUUGCUGAUGUGACUGGUCGUCAGCAGAUCUGCCUCCCUCCUGCAGGAUGGGUGCCAACCACGGAUGACAGAUAG